UUUUGUUUACAUGCAAGAUUUCCUACCAGGAAGUUUCGAACCCAGAGGAUUUUAAUGUACAGUGCCAGGAUGGAGUGAUUAACUAUCCCAGAUGUGAAUAUGGGACGUGUGAACCUCCUCCAGAAAUUGCUGGUGGAAAAGUUCAAGGUGUUAAAAAGCCAAGGUAUUUGCCUGGGGAGACAGCUCACUAUCAGUGCUGGCAAGAUUUUCAGAUGACGGGGGCUUCCACCGUAACAUGUCAGAAUGGGACCUGGACAGAGCUGCCCCAGUGCAAAGCGGCUUGUACGGCCUCUGAAGAAGAUAUGGACAGAAACAUAUUGAGCUGAGAUGGAGAGGAGAAAGAAAGCUGUACUCGACAUCAGGAGAUUUUAUUGAAUUUGAUUGUAAAAUAGGAUAUGUGCAGGACCCAGCAUCUUCCCCAUUCAGAGUGCAGUGUAUGGACGGGACGUUAGAAUACCCACGGUGCAAGCCAGGAAGGAACUGUAGAUUGAGUGAGACAGAAAUGAAGAGGAACAAUAUUAAACUAAGACAGUCAAGGAGAAGAUCUCGUAUCACUCUGAGGAGUAUAUUUUGUUUACAUGCAAGAUUUCCUACCAGGAAGUUUCGAACCCAGAGGAUUUUAAUGUACAGUGCCAGGAUGGAGUGAUUAACUAUCCCAGAUGUGAAUAUGGGACGUGUGAACCUCCUCCAGAAAUUGCUGGUGGAAAAGUUCAAGGUGUUAAAAAGCCAAGGUAUUUGCCUGGGGAGACAGCUCACUAUCAGUGCUGGCAAGAUUUUCAGAUGACGGGGGCUUCCACCGUAACAUGUCAGAAUGGGACCUGGACAGAGCUGCCCCAGUGCAAAGGGAAGGGUAGAAAAUGUGGCCCACCUCCAGAUAUUGAAAACGGAGACAUCCUUUCCUUCCCAUUGCCAGAAUAUGACCAAGGUCAAACUGUGAAAUACACAUGUGCAAGUUUCUACGUCCUGAAAGGACCUGAGCAAAUCACUUGUACUGACGGGCAGUGGACAAAUCCCCCAGUUUGCUUGGCGGCUUGUACGGCCUCUGAAGAAGAUAUGGACAGAAACAAUAUUGAGCUGAGAUGGACUGGAGAAAGAAAGCUGUACUCGACAUCAGGAGAUUUUAUUGAAUUUGAUUGUAAAAUAGGAUAUGUGCAGGACCCAGCAUCUUCCCCAUUCAGAGUGCAGUGUAUGGACGGGACGUUAGAAUACCCACGGUGCAAGCCAGGAAGGAACUGUAGAUUGAGUGAGACAGAAAUGAAGAGGAACAAUAUUAAACUAAGACAGUCAAGGAGAAGAUCUUACACGUAUCACUCUGAGGAGUAUAUUUUGUUUACAUGCAAGAUUUCCUACCAGGAAGUUUCGAACCCAGAGGAUUUUAAUGUACAGUGCCAGGAUGGAGUGAUUAACUAUCCCAGAUGUGUAUAUGGGACGUGUGAACCUCCUCCAGAAAUUGCUGGUGGAAAAGUUCAAGGUGUUAAAAAGCCAAGGUAUUUGCCUGGGGAGACAGCUCACUAUCAGUGCUGGCAAGAUUUUCAGAUGACGGGGGCUUCCACCGUAACAUGUCAGAAUGGGACCUGGACAGAGCUGCCCCAGUGCAAAGGGAAGGGUAGAAAAUGUGGCCCACCUCCAGAUAUUGAAAACGGAGACAUCCUUUCCUUCCCAUUGCCAGAAUAUGACCAAGGUCAAACUGUGAAAUACAAAUGUGCAGGUUUCUACAUCCUGAAAGGACCUGAGCAAAUCACUUGUACUGACGGGCAGUGGACAAAUCCCCCAGUUUGCUUGGCGGCUUGUACGGCCUCUGAAGAAGAUAUGGACAGAAACAAUAUUGAGCUGAGAUGGAGAGGAGAAAGAAAGCUGUACUCGACAUCAGGAGAUUUUAUUGAAUUUGAUUGUAAAAUAGGAUAUGUGCAGGACCCAGCAUCUUCCCCAUUCAGAGUGCAGUGUAUGGACGGGACGUUAGAAUACCCACGGUGCAAGCCAGGAAGGAACUGUAGAUUGAGUGAGACAGAAAUGAAGAGGAACAAUAUUAAACUAAGACAGUCAAGGAGAAGAUCUUACACGUAUCACUCUGAGGAGUAUAUUUUGUUUACAUGCAAGAUUUCCUACCAGGAAGUUUCGAACCCAGAGGAUUUUAAUGUACAGUGCCAGGAUGGAGUGAUUAACUAUCCCAGAUGUGAAUAUGGGACGUGUGAACCUCCUCCAGAAAUUGCUGGUGGAAAAGUUCAAGGUGUUAAAAAGCCAAGGUAUUUGCCUGGGGAGACAGCUCACUAUCAGUGCUGGCAAGAUUUUCAGAUGACGGGGGCUUCCACCGUAACAUGUCAGAAUGGGACCUGGACAGAGCUGCCCCAGUGCAAAGCGGCUUGUACGGCCUCUGAAGAAGAUAUGGACAGAAACAAUAUUGAGCUGAGAUGGAGAGGAGAAAGAAAGCUGUACUCGACAUCAGGAGAUUUUAUUGAAUUUGAUUGUAAAAUAGGAUAUGUGCAGGACCCAGCAUCUUCCCCAUUCAGAGUGCAGUGUAUGGACGGGACGUUAGAAUACCCACGGUGCAAGCCAGGAAGGAACUGUAGAUUGAGUGAGACAGAAAUGAAGAGGAACAAUAUUAAACUAAGACAGUCAAGGAGAAGAUCUUACACGUAUCACUCUGAGGAGUAUAUUUUGUUUACAUGCAAGAUUUCCUACCAGGAAGUUUCGAACCCAGAGGAUUUUAAUGUACAGUGCCAGGAUGGAGUGAUUAACUAUCCCAGAUGUGUAUAUGGGACGUGUGAACCUCCUCCAGAAAUUGCUGGUGGAAAAGUUCAAGGUGUUAAAAAGCCAAGGUAUUUGCCUGGGGAGACAGCUCACUAUCAGUGCUGGCAAGAUUUUCAGAUGACGGGGGCUUCCACCGUAACAUGUCAGAAUGGGACCUGGACAGAGCUGCCCCAGUGCAAAGCGGCUUGUACGGCCUCUGAAGAAGAUAUGGACAGAAACAAUAUUGAGCUGAGAUGGAGAGGAGAAAGAAAGCUGUACUCGACAUCAGGAGAUUUUAUUGAAUUUGAUUGUAAAAUAGGAUAUGUGCAGGACCCAGCAUCUUCCCCAUUCAGAGUGCAGUGUAUGGACGGGACGUUAGAAUACCCACGGUGCAAGCCAGGAAGGUAUUUUGGAUAAAUGGAAAGGGCAUGGAGGAGCCCAGCUGGAGAAAUGAAAGAUGCUUUGACCAACCCAGUGAUUUGAGCACAGUUUUCCCUGGAGUUUGCUGUUUCAUUGUGCUGUGUUUGCAGCUUAGCCAAUGUUCUGUGUUGGAAUUUGCCUUUUUAUUUUUUUUUCCUUUGAAUUGUUGUAUGAUUGUUUUUACACUUAACCUUUUUUGUAAAGGUAUUUGCAUUUUAUCCAUUCAAAUGACUGUAUUUCCUUCUUACUUUUGUUCUGUAUUGAUCUCACUGUUAUUUUAUUAACAUUUGCAUCCUGAAGUAGGCUGGCUUUGGU